AUGUUGAUAGACUUCCACACCCCCCUGGCAAUUCAAUCCAAGUGCUGCCUUGGUAGCAACAAACACCCUGUAAAUACAAAUCUGGGCAGCAUGAAUCCCUCGGCCAGUUUCCCCAGUCCAAGUUCAGACAAAGCAGCGAGCGACUCACCACCAAAUGCGUGCCAGAAAUGUUUCAACCAGAAGCGAAAAUGCGAUAAACAGAUGCCCAGCUGCUCGCGAUGCCUACGGACGAGUUCCCAAUGCAACUAUCAAACCUCGCCUGAAUUUUCAUCUGGCGUGCUUCUCUCUACGGGGUCGACGGUUGCAGGCGAGCUAUUUGUCCCUAGCGAAUUCCCCAUGCACGGCGUCGACAUUGAUCGCUUCACUGCUGGCUUGGUAACGGCUACCCUCACUGAACGGGGUCAACCUGUGGAAGGUGUCCUCGAAGACUAUUUCACAUACAUCCAUACAUGGCUAGCAACAAUUCAGGAGCAGAGAUUUCGAUCUCGCGUGCGGUCGCUUCAGCAUACCCCUCACGCAGAAACCGCACUGAUCCUUCUGGUAAUGUCUCUGCUCACUCUAAAGGGGCAUGACGCACAUAGUCGGGACUGUGCUAGAAGCUCGAUGUAUCCACUGGCUAGCUAUCUCUUUUCCCUCCUUCAGUUUGCGCGAGGGCCAUCGCUGGAGCUUGUCCAGGCUGGCCUGUUGCUCGCUGUUUAUGAGACUGGGUCCGGGCGUGCACCGACCGCGUUCAUCACCAUCGGAACAUGCGCAAGGCUGGGGUAUAUACUGCGCUUGAACGUCGAUAUCCCAGACCCGGAGACGAUCUGGGCAAUUGCCGAGGAGCGAAGGAGGGUCUGGCUGGGGGUUUAUAUGAUUGAUCGACUCAUCCACCAAGUCACGAAUAUUACCGCGCACGCCGUAGAAGACCCUGCAAAUGAUUAUAAACUCCCCAUUAACGAGGAAUAUUGGCAGGAUAACACAUCACAACCACAAGGAACAGUCCAGCCAUCAUUCUCAACACCAGCAGACAUCCCCCAGUCAUAUUUUACCCGCGAAAUCCAGGCUUCUCGCAUUCUCGGCGAAGUACAAAAUCUAUCUACUAGACAAAGCGAAUCUCUCCAUGAGAAUAUGGACAGAACCGAUGCCCUUCUAAUGCACUUCAUGAAGCACCUCCUCCACCAAACACCAGAGAGCUGGAAGGUGAUGUGCGGCGCAAACUCAAUAGCCAUGCUCACUUCCCUGGCUCUCCAUCGCAAGCGGAUUACUUCUAUAUCGCAACAAGCCCACUCACCAACUAGACUCAUUAAACAGGAUCAGUCAAUCCUCGCACUAACCUCGACUAUAAAUAUGGUCCGCGACACAUGCAUCAAGUUCGACGCCCGCAGCCAAAAGGAAAAACUCCGCAUCUUGCCCCUGCCAGCUACAAUAUGUGUGGGCGAGGCAGCACGAAUCGCGAUAUGGCUGAACGGGGGCAUCGUGGAUGGUCCACCCAUCGAUAUCCAACCUCUACGACGGAUUUUGGUGUAUUCGGAAGCAGUGUGGAGUUUGGCAGGUGAUUAUUUGCGAGAUCUUCCUGCAACUGGCAAUUCAGCAUCCAGAAUGCAGUCUACUACUGUCAAUGGAGCAGGAUAA